CGGAAUCCUCUCAAAAGUUCUGAUUUUGUACUCAUCCGACAAAGUGUAGAAAAAGUUGUGAUCUUGAACGUGAACAAAAUACAACAUAGAAAAACACAAAGACAAACAUUAAGUGACCAUGAUGACAGACGAGGAACUCAUUCAGAAGCUGGAAGAUUCCACCAUGAACGCCCAGCAUCAUCAGUUGGAGACUCUUCGUUCAAUCCUUCUUCACAAUGGCUGCGUUCGCUAUCUCCACCCCUACAAAGGGUAUCCUCUUGAUCCUUCUACUUUCAACCGUGUUGUGCCCUUGUCUUCCCAUGAAGACUACGUUGACUAUAUCAACCAGAUGGCAGAUGGGAAAAUUGAUCCUCAUCACCCUCUUCUCUCUGUUGAUCCUCUCCUCUGCUUCUUCUACAGCUCCGGAACAAGUUCCAUGAAACCAAAAUUGAUUCCUUACUUUGAUUCAAGCCUUUCCAAAGCUGCCUCCUUUAUUGCUCACCGAGGCAGUGUUGCUGUUCUUCAGAGGCUGUUUCCUCCAAGGCCUGAAGUCAACAAGAUCCUAUGGUUUCUCUAUGCUGAUAGUAUUACUACUACUAAAUGUGGCUUGAAGGUUAUGGCUGCUUCUUCAUACCCUUUACAAAGUGGUAAGGCCACCUCUCAACAACUUGAUGCCUUUUCUAGUCCUCUAGAAGUUAUUCUUGGAUCUCAUGUUGAGCAUCAAAUGUAUUGCCACCUUCUUUGUGGCCUUAGGAAUCUUGAUGUUAUAGAUGGAAUUAGAACCCCUUAUGCCAUAGGCUUGAUUAAAGCAUUUGGUCUUCUGGAGUCCAAGUGGGAGCAGCUUUGUGAUGAUCUUGAUCAUGGGUUUCCAAGUUAUGAAAUUUCUGAGGUAGCAAUGAGGGAAGCUGUAACUAAGACACUUUGUGGGCCUCAGCCAGAAUUGUCAAAUAGAAUAAGGUUAGUUUGUGAAGGUAAGAACUGGGGUGGGAUUGUAUAUAGAUUGUGGCCAAACAUUCGUUUCAUCAGGUGUGUUACAACCGGAAGCAUGAAGCAGUACUAUCAAAAGCUUAAGUAUUAUGCAGGAGAGGUACCUAUUUUAGGAGGAGAUUACUUUGCUUCAGAGUGUAGUGUGGGUAUAAAUUUAGACAUAAUGCAACCCCCCGAGACAACACGUUUUGUAAUGCUUCCAACUGCUGCUUACUUUGAGUUUCUUCCAUAUAACAUGAAUGAGGACAAUGAUGUUGGCAAAGAAACAGUGGACCUUAGCAGUGUGGAGGUUGGGAAGAUGUAUGAAGUGGUUGUUACUACUUAUAGAGGAUUUUAUCGCUACCGUUUGGGUGAUAUAGUGAGAGUUGUUGGCUUCUAUAAUUCAUCUCCACAAGUGGAAUUUGUGAUGAGAGCACCUAAAACUCCUGCUGAGAUUCUGACUGAGAAAGACUUGAUUUCAGCUGUUGAAUAUUUUCAACUUGAACUAAGAGGUGCUAUGAGAAUUGAGAUUGUUGAGUUUGCAAGUUUCUUGGACCAGGAGUCAAGGCCAAAGCAGUUGAAGGUAUUUGUAGAAAUCCAAGAGGAAUCUAAUUUUCUGGAGCAUAAAUUGGAGGAAUCAGUUCUAAUUUUUAAAAGGUGUAUUUCCUCUCUUGAGAAUGGCUUGGGAGCUAUGUACAAGGUGCAAAGGGAUAAAGGUGAACUUGGGAACUUAUUGAUAUUCAUCCUAAGGCCUGGAGCUUUUGAUCAGUUAUCCAAAUUAGCCAUUAAGAAUGGAGCAUCAGCUAGUCAAUAUAAACCACCCAAGAUUAUACGGAAUCAUGAAGCUGUUAAACUCUUGAAAAAAUUAGCUUUAGUAGCAGUAUCUUCGGAUGGCUAAUAUGUAGUGAAUGGACUGAAUUUCUACCAAUGCCUCUAUCCCCACCUUCUGAAAUUCAACUCUAUUGAGGAUUGUCCAAUUGAAUCUGAUCACAUUCAGUAGCAUAAUGUCUGAAAAAAGCUUAGUUGCUUUUUACAAUAGUAAAAAUCUAUGUAAUUGUAAAAUUAGCUGUUUGGAAGACAAGUUAAUGUAUGCUUUCAAGAUGUUAAUCAACAUUAGGUGUGGGGAAAUUUUUGUAACUCUUUAUGAAAAUGCUGGAAAGGGAAAAAAGCAUUCUCCAUUUGUUCUUUUUGUGGUUAAAUUUACCUUGUAAAUUAAUUAUU